GACAGAAUCGCCUGAACCUACACGUGGUUGACGAAUUGCGAUGUGUAUGUCAUCGUACCUAACCUUAUUUUAUAAUAUAAUGUAAGCUUUGUAUAUUGCAAUCAAGAUUUCAUUAAAAAAAUUAUAUGAUGGCUGAUUUAAUUAAAACUAUCGAAGAUGAUCAAGAAGUCCCAGAUUUUUCAGAACCAUCUGAUGAAGAGGACGAUUUCCAACCACGUAAAAAAGAGAAGAAAAAAGAUAAAAAAAAUAAUAUCGAAGACUUUCAAUUUAUAACUAGCAUAGAAGAUUAUAACAAAGAUACUUGGAAUGACCUUAGCAAAUACAUCAAACGAAAAGUUAAAACGAAACUUGAUGAUAAAAUUAAUAAAUUUCGAAGUUUACACAAUGAACAGAAUGAUUCAGCAGGUAAUCCUAUAGAGAUGGAGAGUGCAAAUGACAUAUUUGUUUCAGAAGAAGAUUUAAGAAAAGACUCCAUCAAGACCAAGGAUAAAAAAUUUCAAAAGCAAAAGGCUGCUAAAGACGAAAAUCAUCUUGUUGAAUUUGAAGAGUGCUCCAGUUAUGACAUAUCAGCAUCAUUUCAACAAAUGCACUUGUCAAGACCAUUGUUGAAGGCUAUUACAUCUAUGAACUUUGUUAGUCCAACGCCUAUUCAAGCUGCAACUAUCCCAGUAGCAUUAAUGGGCAGAGACAUUUGUGGUUGUGCUGCUACUGGUACUGGUAAAACAGCAGCUUACAUGUUACCUACACUUGAAAGAUUAUUGUACAAGCCAGUUGAUGCAACUGCAGUUACCAGAGUUUUAGUUCUUGUACCUACUAGAGAGCUAGGUGUUCAGGUUUACCAAGUAACCAAACAAUUAUCUCAAUUUACUGAAAUUGAAGUUGGAUUAUCAGUAGGAGGUUUAGAUUUAAAAAUUCAGGAAAGUAUACUUAGAAAAAAUCCAGAUAUUGUUAUAGCAACUCCGGGUCGACUAAUUGAUCAUCUUACAAAUACACCGUCUUUUUCAUUAGAUACAAUUGAAGUCUUAAUUUUAGAUGAGGCAGAUAGAAUGUUAGAUGAAUAUUUUGCAGAGCAAAUGAAGCACAUAGUUAGACAAUGUUCGCGAUCUCGUUCAACGAUUUUGUUUUCUGCAACUAUGACGGAAGAAGUGAAAGAUCUCGCUGCAGUAUCUCUUAAUAAACCUGUUAAAGUGUUUGUGAACAGCAACCAAGAUGUUGCUUUCAAUUUACGUCAGGAGUUUAUAAGGAUUCGAAAAGAAAGGGAAGGUGACCGUGAACCCAUAUUGGCUGCCUUAAUUUGUAGAACAUUCCAUGAUCAUGUUAUGGUUUUUGUACAAACAAAGAAACAAGCCCACAGGCUACAUAUUCUUUUAGGACUAUUGGGAGUCAAGGUCGGUGAACUCCAUGGCAACUUGACGCAACCACAGCGUUUAGAAAAUUUGAGGAAAUUCAAAGACGAAGAAAUUGAUGUAUUGUUAGCAACAGAUGUCGCAGCAAGAGGUUUAGACAUUAGCGGAGUAAAGACAGUUAUCAAUUUUGUCAUGCCAGCCACUCUUCAACAUUACAUUCACAGAGUAGGACGAACUGCUAGAGCUGGCCGAGGUGGAGUUUCCGUGUCGUUAGCUGGCGAACAAGAACGUACUUUAGUCAAAGAUGUCAUAAAGCACGCCAAAAAUCCAGUCAAAAAUCGUAUUAUACCUCCAGAUAUUAUUGAAAAAUAUAAUAGAAAACUGAAGUCACUUGAGGAGAAUGUAGAAAAGAUAUUAGAGGAGGAAAGACAAGAGCGGGAAAUCGCAAAAAUAGAAAAUCAAGCGAAACGUGCAGAGAAUAUACUUAAAGAAUCGGAUAAAAAAGGUGAAAGAUCAUGGUUCCAGAGUAAAAAUGAAAGACAACAAGAAAAAGAAAAAUUGAAUUUAACUGAAAAACAAAAUAAAAACGCAAAAGAUAAAAAUAUGAAGAAUCACAAAUCUCUCAAAAUGGUAGAUGAAAAAGCAAAAAAAUCUAAAAAGAUCGCUCAAAAGUUGGAUCCAGCUGAAGAGCGAACUAUGAAAGAAUUGAACAAAGUAGCAGCUUAUCAAGCAAGACUAGCGAAAAAAAAUAACAAACAGAAAAAAAUAAGAACAAUGAUUGAUGACUCAGAAAGGAAUCACGAUCCUAAAAAAGCUCGAAAACGAAAGGCGUCUUCUUUUGCAAAUGACUUGACAGAUACUAGCCGCAAAAAUGUAAAGAAAAUUCGAUAUGAAGCAAAUGUGAAGGGUAAGAAAACGAAUAAAUCAUCAACUAAAUUGAAAUUCCAAGAUGGAAAAUCUAAAAAACAAAAAAUUUUUAAAAAGAAGUAAUUAUUACGUACUAGCAUUAAGUUUUGUAAAAUAAAUCACAUUUUAAAUAAAAUUGCAAUGUUGAUAUUUUUACUCAUGAAUAUAUCAUUACCAUAAAUAAAAAAGCGUAAGUCACUUGUUCAUUUAUAUAUAUGAUUUCAAAAAAUGAUUGUAAA